AUGGAUUAAGCCAAUAAGUUGUAAUAUUAACAAUAGGUUGAAAAGUACCUUGAAAGAAACAAAGUUUAUCAUAUCUUUGAAGAUUUACUAAAAGCAUUGAUCAUUAAAAAACCUGAAGAUCCAAUUCAAUUUCUAAUCAAUAAAUUAUAAGAACCUGAAAGUAUAUAUGAUACCUGAAAUCAAGCCAAAAAAAUAUUUGUAGUUGGUCCUCCUGGAUCAAAAUUGAGAGAAUUAUCACUUACAUUAGCAGAUUAUUUGAAUUUUCAUAUUGUCUCUAUUGGAGAUUUGAUUGAAAAGGAGCUAAGUAAAAAGUCUGAAUUGGUAUGCAUCUCUUAAUAUAUCUAUAUUAGAGUUAAUAAAUCUAAGAAUCUUUAGACAAAUUCUAAUAUGUGAGUGAUGAUAUUGUAAUUAAUAUAGCACUUAAUUAAAUCAAUCAUUUAGAAAAUGAAAAGAAAAGUUAUAUUUUUGAAGGAUUCCCAAAAACAAGAGUUUAAGGAUUAGCACUUUAAAAAGAAGGUAUAAUACCUGAUGCAUUUCUUAUUUUGGAAAUGUCAUAAGAAAAGAUUUAUCAAUGUUGUAUUAAGAAAUUAGAUACAGAACCUUUUAAUAAACUAAACAAUAAAGAAGAUUUAGUAAAAUCUCAUUCUUUAGAAUACUAAUUGAAUUUGAAAUAAGUCAAAGAAAUUUAUAAGAAUUAAUAUUUUUCAGUAGAUGGAGAAAAGAACUAUGAAUUAGAAGAUAUGGCAGUAUUAAAAUUAAAGUAUUUAGUAAUUAUUAAAAUAUAAACUCUAUGAUAAUGCCCCUAAAAGAGCUCNGAUAUUUAUUUAUUUAUGGAUUUCAAUAAUAUUUAUGGAUUCACAAUAAAUUGAUUGUCCACUCUCAGAAUUGAUGACAAAUGAUGAAAUAAGAGAAUGGGCUUUUUCUUUGGAUCCUUAACCUGAAAAGAAAAGCAAAUUAAAUUCAUCUAUUCCUUAAAUAAGCAGUUCUGCUACUAUCAAUAGGGCUUGUUAAAAAUAAAAAGAAUAAAAGAUUAAAUAAAUCCCUAAAAUUAUUUAACCAUAACCAAUUCAAAUAGAAAAUCAAAAAUAAAAAAAAGAAAUUAUUCAUCGUUUAAAACUUCAAAAUAGAUUAAUGAAAGAUAUGAUUUAACAACAAAAAGACUUGUUAGAAUAAAUGAAGAAGUCUUGA